AUGGUGGCGUAUUACAGACUGAUGAUAGGUGCUGAAUACAGCGAGAAUGUAUCCACCAUUCAGCCUAUGGGUGGUUGCAAUGCUCGUAACUUCACUUUCUUCUUCAAGGUUUUACACAAAAGCACCCCUUUCACCAUGGCUACUGGAGAGAUGACGAUCGCAGAGAUGAAAGCGGCUUACGAGAAAGCCCAAGCCGAGCUAGCCCAAGAGAGGGCAUCCAAUGAAACCCUCCAGAAAGAGCUCGAAUCUGUGAAGAGCAACAAGCACCAGUCCCGCUACAAAGGUGGGAAGCCGAAAAAGCUAACGUUCGAGAUGCCCGAUGACUUUGAAGAUGUGACCGACGAUGAGGAGGAGACCCGUGAGGAAGAAGACAAAGAAGCUCCCGAUCCGGUGACCCAACGCCUGAACAAGAUGGAUGUACGCAUGACGAAACACUAUUCCCGCCUGAUGAAGUUAAUGACCAGGUUCCCCGGGGCACCUACACCGGUGGAGACCGAGCCGACCGACGGGUAUGCAGCGUCGCCGUUCUGCGAAGCGAUCGCUAGAGUGACAGUUCCGCAUACACUCCGGCUCCCAAUCUGGACCACCCUGUACGACGGGACGUCCGACCCCUAUAGGCACGUCAACUUCUACAAGCAGCGCAUGUGGCAGAUCGGGAUUCCGCACGACCUAGUGGAACCUGUUAUGUGCAAAUCUUUCGGCGGCACCCUUGAUGGAGCAGCUUUGGAAUGGCUCACGAACGUCCCCCCCAGAUCCAUCUCCUGUUUGUCCGAUCUCAUCAACGCCUUCUACCAACAAUUUGCCAGCAGUCGCCAGUUAGAAAAGCAAACCAGUGAUCUCUAUCGGACCGCUAUUGAGGCAUUCAAGAGAGGCCUCAUCCCCAAUUCGGAGCUAUACCGGGAAAUAACCAAAUACCCCUGUGCAACUUUCGAAGAGGUGCGAUCAAGGGCCACCGCCCAGAUGCGAAUCGAAGACGACGAGGUUAUCCGAACAGCAUCUCAACGAUCGAUAGGGGGCAGCAGCGACAGAAGAUCGUACACCCCGAGGAACAACAAUUGGCGACACCAACCAUAUGUUCGGCAAAACCAGGUACACAAUGUCAAUCAGUAUUAUGAUACUAACAAUGUUUACAGGAACGAGCGGGUCGAACACCCUAACAUCUCCGACUACGGCUUCAACGUCGACAUUGGAGGUGUGGUGAACGCCCUUCAAAAUGUAGGUGGAACAGUCAGAUGGCCCCGGAAGAACGACAGACCGGACUCCAUGAAGGACAUGAGCAAAUGGUGCGACUUCCACCGCGACAACGGACACACAACCGAGGAGUGCAUAUCCCUCAAAAAGGAAGUCGCGUACCUCCUGAAACGGGGGCAUCUAAAAGAACUGUUGAGAGACAAGGGAAAAGAAACAUUUUCCAAAGAGCAAACCACCCUGCCCGGCCCAACGACAAGCAGCGAGCGACCAGACCCACCACCGUUCAAUAAAGUGGUAAAUGUUAUUUCCGGUGGUUCAGAUAUUUGUGGACUAACCUCUUCUGCAGCUAAAAAAAUUAACAGGGGAGAAUCUGAGACCGUAGAAGAGGGACAAACCGAAGACGAGGUCGCACUACACAGGUCCCUAACCGCAAUGGCUAUCACUUUCGACGACUCAGAUUCUGUAGAUACACAGCGGGAGCACCACGACGGGUUGGUAAUAUCGCUCCCAAUAGGGAACGCAUUGAUCAAAAGGAUACUGGUCGACAACGGAAGCUCAGCCAACGUACUGUUCUUGGAAGCACUACAAGAAAUGGGAUUAGAAGAGAAAAACAUUGUAAGGAGAUCAACAGUUCUGGUAGGGUUCAGUGGAGAAGCACUACGGACGGUAGGAGAGAUAUCGCUGCCUACAUACGCAGAAGGCGUCAACAUGAUGACCAAGUUCAACGUCGUCGAUUGUCCAUCAGCAUACAACGUCAUCCUAGGACGACCAUGGAUCCACAAAAUGAAGGCAGUGCCCUCAACAUAUCACCAAUCAAUCAAGUUCCCAACCAAGUGGGGGGUCAUGGAAAUCAAAGGGCAGCAAAGAGAUGCGAAGAAAUGUUAUGAGACAGCACUGAAGCCAUCCAAGUCACCCAUCUAG